GUCCCUGCUGACGUCCGCCUGCUGCGGACACAGCGCCCCUGGCCAGCAUCUGCAUCUCCUCUUCCCAAGAACUCGUCUUGGUCUCCUCUCCUCUCCUCUGCCGCCAGUCCACGCGCUCCUUCCCCCUCUGGCUCCUCCCUCACACGGCGCUCCUCCUCCUAAUCCCUCCUCCUCCUCCUCCCCCUCCUCCCGGUCUCGUCCGGCAGCUCUCCUAGCAGCAUCUGCAGCCGCCCCCGCCCGUAGCCCUGACCGCCGGAGAUCCGGAGUUUUCUUGCUGCUUCGGUUUCUUCUCGCGUGGUGAGGAGGUUGGGUUGUCCUUGUGGAUUGGGGAUCGCCUGGCGCGAGGAUGAAUACGAGGCCGGUGGUGCUCGUCCUCCUCCUGCUCGUCCUCAUCAUCACGUCGCAGUUCGAGUGGAAGCAGCAGAUCGGGGACGCCGCCGACGCCGACCCGGCCGCCGCGCGCCGGCGCCAGCAGCUGCUCGCCAGGGAGGACGCCGUCAAGGAAAAGAUAAUAAUAUCUCAAGAGAAAAAUAUCCAACAACUUAAUCAGCUUAUUGAGAGCCUUCAGCGCCAGCUACUACAUUGCCGUGGCAGCAAUAACACUGCUCAUACAACCACUGUGCCCGCCACUGAAGUAGGUGAAGUUGAGGAACAUGAAACCAUUGAUGAUGAGAACAGAUGAUCACCUUGGCAAAUGGUUCUUAGAUUCUAGUACAGCAGCCAACAAACCAGAGGUUAAUCUGCACCUCGCUCGUAUGGGAUGCCGUCUAGUGGACGACCGAAUCGUACUCUGAUUCACUGUAUUGUACACUCGCCACGACCAGCUAGCGGGUCGUCACCCAUGUAAGCCUGUAGAGAGUUUGUAAUCUGUAUUGUGCUGUAGGCCACGGUCACUAAUUCAAUUGAAAAGCUACCUGACCAUUAUUUGUUCCGGUGAUGGAUGAUUCUGCCCUCAAAGGUCAAAUAUACUGCAUUGUCAUUUUUUGCUAUCUGGCCAUGAAAGGUGAAAUAUUAUAUUGA